AGCAAAAGAUGAAGGCCACAAAGGCAUCCGCUUAACCAACUGAAACCGAAAAUGGCGCUACGAAUCCACGCUCCAUCUUCUUUAGCUACCGGAUUUUAUCACCGCAACUUCAUCUUUCCAAAACCCAAAUUUUCUGUCAGAUCGGAGAAACCAGCCGUCGACUCCGAGCCCAAAAAGCCCGCCGCGCCUGGCCGAGGGUUUGGCUCCUCCUCAUCCACCGGUAAACCAACCGUAAGCAGCAGCGGCGGCGGCGGCGGAAGAGAAAAGAAGCAGAAGGGGAAAAGAGAGAGGGCGUCUAUAAUACGGCGGUCGCCGGUUGAGACACCCGCGUUUGUGAGCAAAGAAGAAGAGGCGAAGGCGGAGGAACAGAGGAAAAAUGAGAGUGCUUUUCUACUUGCGUGGUUGGGGCUUGGUGGGAUCAUUCUCGUGCAAGGCAUUGUUCUUGCUGCUUCAGGCUUCCUACCAGAAGAAUGGGAUAAGUUCUUUGUGAAGUACUUGUACCCAUCUUUCACCCCUACUGUUCUCUUGUUUCUUGCUGGAACUGUUGCAUAUGGAGUGUUGAAGUACCUGGAAAAUGAGAAACUGAAGGACCAAAAGUAAAUAGUUCGUUCGAAUAAUAUUGUAAGUGGACUGCCCAUCAUGAAUAGCAAGUGAGCAUUUGUACAUUUCUGCAGGCUAUACUUUCUGUUUUGUGCUUUCCUUGUUAAGAAAAUUGUAUGUAC